AUGAACAAAGAUCUUGUUAAUCUAAAAGGGAAUUCAGUUUAAUUAAAAAUGGAUAUGCCAAUUCAAUAAUUUCGAUAUUUUACAAGCAUUAUUUAAAAUAAUAUAUUAAACGAAUGGAUUACCACAAAAAAGGUUGACAAAAUUAGUAUUAAUAAAAAUAUAUUUUAGAGGAAAAACUUCAAUAGUUUAUAAGUGAUACAUAUUAAUCUGAAUACAUUAUUAUUAUAGCUGUUAAGCCUGCAUAUAAUUUGUCACAUAAAAAAAAUCGAUAUCUCAUGAUUAAAAUUGAAGAUAUUACAAUUUUCAUUUAUCAAGCUAAACCUGUUGAUUAUUUUUAGUUUAGUCAAAUCAAAUAAAUAUAAACUAAAUUACAAGGAGUAACAAAAGAAAACAAUGUUUCAGAACCAAUAUUGAUUUCAUAAAAGAAUAUAUCAGAAUAAGAAAUGGAUAGUAUACAAAAAGUGAAAUUAUGCUUAAAUGAAAUUAUCAUAUUAGAUUAUGAAAAUUGGGAAACUGACUUAGUAAUUGCAGCAAAGAGCAAAUUACACUAAUUAUUUUAAACUGGAUUUUGGCAUAUAUAUUGUGCUAAAAAAAUCACCACAAUAGUAGAUUUAAAAACUAAUGAGAGAUAUCUAGAAUUUUAAUUUGAUAAAAAGAAUUCAUAAUAUAAAUUAAUUGCAUUCUAGAAAAAAGGACCAAACUUUAAUUUAUUAGAGUAAUUAUUUUUCAAAUUAUAUAGAAAAGUUAAGUUAAAAAUUAGAGAAAUCAUAAGUUUUACUGUUUUAUUUAUAUUUUUUGUUACUCUUACAAGUUGUAAAGAUGAGACUUCUGGAAAAUAAUAUAAAUAUUAAAUAUAGGAACAGUUCUGUUCAUAUAGACAAGAAGUUAUAGGCUUUUGUGCUAUUGUAUUAUUUGGUCUUGUUGCUUAAAGGAUGAUAGGUAAAAGAAAUCAAAAGAAAAAUAAAAAAUAGUGA